AUGCAUAUACUGGGAAAAUUGCACAUCAUCUUAUUUGAUGAUGUUCCAGUAAAGAAAUAUGAAAUUGUCUUAGGAAGAUGUGGAAGCAGACAACCUAUUGAUGAAUUAGACAUCAGACCUGAGUUGGGGUUACCUUUCUUCAGUUUUUCCUGUAUAGAAAUGGCUACAGAUCACUUCUCCGAUGCAAAUAAACUCGGUCAGCGUGGCUUUGGGAUUGUUUAUAAGUACUACAUGUUAAGAGUCAUUCACAGAGAUUUAAAAACCAGCAAUGUUUUGCUGGAUAGUAACAUGAACCCAAAAAUAUCUGACUUUGACAUGGCAAGAAUCUUUGGGGAGGAUGAAUCUCAAGCUAACAAAAACAGAAUCGUUGGGACAUGUGGUUAUAUGUCAACUGAUUAUGCACUAGACGGUACAUUUUCUGUGAAAUCUGAUGCUUUAGCUUUGGAGUCAUGUAGCUAG